AGCGUGAGCUCGCACUGAAAACUGCCUGGUGAAAGUCUACUACUAUGAUCAGACCUCUUUGAAAGAGCAAGCGUGCGGCAACGGGGCAGCCGUUGGUCGGACCGGGGAUGGGAAAUGUACGUCUCGUUGUCUGAGGACUCUUUCCAGAUUGCUGGCUACCUUUGAGUGACAAUGGCUGUCUUUCAGAACAACUUCUGGGGGGAGAAAAAUUCCGGUUUUGACGUGCUGUACCACAACAUGAAGCAUGGCCAGCUGGCAACCAAAGAGCUGGCCGAGUUUGUCCGAGAGAGGGCUGCCAUUGAAGAGACUUACUCCAAAUCGAUGAGCAAACUAGCAAAAAUAGCAAGUAAUGGAAGUCAACUGGGGACUUUUGCGCCCAUGUGGGAUGUUUUUAGGGUAUCUUCUGACAAACUGGCUCUCUGCCACCUGGAGCUCAUGAAGAAGAUGAACGAUUUGAUCCGGGACGUUAACAAGUAUGGAGACGAGCAAGUUAAAGUUCAUCGUAAGACAAAGGAGGAGAUGGUUGGAACGGUGGAUGCUGUGCAGGCGCUGCAGGUCCAGAACGGCCACCUUCAGAAGUCGAAGGAAGGUUACCACACCAAGUGUUUGGAGCUAGACCGACUCAGGAAGGAAGGAGCACCGCAGAAAGAGCUGGAGAAGGCGGAGCUGAAGUCUAAGAAAGCAGCGGAGUCCUUUGCGCUGUGCAUCGAGAAGUACAACCGUGUGGGAGGAGAGUUUGAGCAGAAGAUGAGCGAGUCCGCCCAGAGGUUUCAGGAGAUCGAAGAGGCGCAUCUGAGGCAGAUGAAACAGUUGAUUAAAAGUUACUCUCACUCCAUAGAGGACACCCACGUCCAGGUGGGACAGGUCCACGAGGAGUUUAAGCAGAAUGUGGAAAACAUCGGCGUCGACAUCCUCAUUCAGAAAUUUGCUGAGCAGAAAGGAACGGGCAAAGAGAGGCCAGCUUCAGUUGGUUUUGAGGAGUACAUGGCAGCUUUGACCCCUGAAGGCGGGAAAAAGCCUCGAGCAAAAGCCUUCAGGAUCCCAGGGCUGGGCAAGAGGGACAAGGAGCCGGACUCCACAGAUUCAGCUGUCCCAGAGGCACUGAAUUCACCACUGGAAGUAGACGACGAGGGAUUCGUCAUCCGAGCUGACGGCACUCAGAAUGGCUGCUCUGAGAAGGAGGACAACUUCUACUCCAGCGAUUCAGACUUUGACGAUGAAGAGCCGAAGAAGUUCCACAUCCAGAUCCGACCGGUAGCCAGCAGCAGCCGCAGCAACUCUGUCGCCACUGAAAAGGAGCUGAAGGCCACCGUGGGAACGUUGACGCUGCCGCCCAACAGAGGAACGAGGCAGCAGAUGCUUGCAAAGCGGCAUCUCUCCAGAAACUCCAGCGCCGCUGCAGGCCGAUCAGAAGACAGCGAAGCCGCCUCGCAUCGAGACAAGGAGCAGGAAGGCCUACGCAGGUCCACCUCCAGCACUGAUCACAACAGGUUGGGUUCGACGGCGUCGGGUUCGGACAGCCUGUUUGGUCCUCCGCUGGAGUUGGCCUUCAAGUCCAAAAGCUUUGACAGCCGGGAUCAGUUCAGAGAGCAGAACGCGUUUGGUGCCUCUGAAUAUGCAGCCUUCUCAUCUGAUUCCUCAUCACCAGAGAAUGUUGAAGACUCCGGUUUGGACUCGCCGUCCCAUCAACCUCUUGGUCCGUCUCCUGAGCUGGCAGGCUGGGCCGCCUGGCCACCGAUGUCGCAGACUAAAGAACAGACUCAAACGCUGAGCCGACCCGCCGACCCUUUCCUCUCCGCUUUCCACGACUCUUCUUCUGGCCGCAGCUCCAACUCGCAGGACACCGCCGCUAACGUCUGGUCUGUCGCCUCAACGCGCCCAUCGCGGGCGCCUCCAGACACGGACCCUGGAUCUGUUCGGUUCCCGGCUUUCUCCCAGUCGGAGUCAUCGGUGUGGAACUGCAAACACAUUCCCACAGACGACCCGUUCUUCGCCAGCUUCGAAAGGAUGCAGGAGCCGUUGAACCUAUCUGACGCCUGGACCCGCCUGCCGCCACCACGCUAUUCCCAGGAAACCAGAGGGAAGGACCCGUUUUCUGUCUCCAUCACCGAAACAAAAACUCUCCUGCCCCCUUCUUCCUCCUCCUCCUCUUCAUCCUCCUCCAAUCGUAAAGAUCGAGAGAGGAAGCGAGACCGAAGCCUCCCGCCGCCGGUUACGUCCGACGACCCAUUUGCCAUCACGAUGAUCGGGAGUCCAACUCACCAGUCGUCGCUGGCUGCAGCAGCUGGGAUGAUCCCGUCACACAGCAGCAGCAGACCGGGAGUCGACGCGGCUUCAGCUCCGCCGAAGAAGGAGCUGACCCACUGGAAGUCUGUCCACAACCCGUUCAGCGACAACAGCUGCUCCAAGUCGCAGGACGGAGGCAUAAAGAUGGAGGCAGGAGGGGGAGGGGAGCGGAGGAAGCACCGGACUUCAGAGAAUGAGCCGCGGCGGAACGCCCCUCCUCUGACCCGGCAUUCGGGACCUCAGGAGGAUCUGUGCUUCUCCACGGACAAAGACGAGGACUGCCUGGACCUCAACACGCAGAUGACGACCUGCAGCGUCGGCUCACACAAAGGGUCCAAACAUAACUACAGGUCCGACACGACUGAAGUGGUUUCCGCUGCUCCUCAAAGAGCGACCCGGUCCAAAAGGUCGUCAGCACGACUCAGCGGCAGCGAGCGAUCCCGGUCUCUGUGUUCGUCUCCUCUGCCGGAGCUCAGCCAGUCCCUGACGUCCUCCUCAUCCUCCAGUCCGAGCGACUGGGGGGCGCAGAACCGAGGGCCCAGUCCGGCCAGGGUGGGACAGGCCUCCCCGCUCCCUUACCAGCACCAGGACCAGCAGAGACAGAUGCACCUGUCCAGAGGACCAAGCCCCAUUUCCCUCAGCACGCAGGACGCCUGGCCGGUCGCAGCCGCCAUAACAGAAUACAUCAACGCAUACUUCAAAGGCGGACAGCACAACCGAUGUCUGGUGAAGAUCACAGGGGAUUUAAUGAUGUCCUUCCCAGCUGGGAUCACUCGGAUCUUCACAGCCAACCCGAACGUUCCCGUGCUCAGCUUCCGGCUCGUCAACAUCUCAAGGAUCGACAACUUCCUGCCCAAUCAGAAGCUGCUCUACAGCGAUCCAUCGCAGAGCGACCCGGACAGCAGGGACUUCUGGUUCAACAUGCAGGCUCUGCAGCUCUACCUGCAGAAAGAGGCCGAGCUGAACCCCCAGGCUUCCUACUACAACGUCGCCGUGCUCAAGUAUCAGGUUUCCUCUCAGGAUCCGGGUCGAGCGCCUCUGUUGUUGUCGGCGGAGUGUCAGCGCAGCGGCACGGUGACCCGGGUCUCCCUGGACUACCACUGCUGCCCCGCCACGGCGCCCUCCACCCAGCUCACCGCCGUCCAGGUGCUGCUGCCGCUGGACCACACCGCCACAGACCUGCAGUGCCAGCCGCCCGCCUCCUGGAACGCUGAGGAACGUCGGCUGCUCUGGAAACUUCCAAACCUCUCUCCAACCAAUCACAGCAAAGGCUCCGGGACGCUGUGUGCCAGCUGGCAGUGCCUGGAGGCCCCCCACGGCCCUCCGCCCAGCCUGGCCGUCCAGUUUGUGGGCUCCGGGACGUCGCUGUCGGGCAUGGACGUGGAGCUGGUGGGAACCCGGUACCGCAUGUCGCUGGUCAAGAAGAGAUUCGCCACAGGGAAGUACAUGGCCGGCUGCUCCCUGUGACCCACCAGAUUCUGAUCGGCUCCUCGCUGCUGCAUCAAACUCAACGUUCAGUCGUGGAGGACACCGUGCACUUACUUCUGACACGUCCUGCUGUUUUAGGACCAAUGAUUUUCUUCUUCUACUGUUUCUCUCUGUUUGUGGUGUGUUUUCCUGGAGAGAAACGGUUUUUACUGAAGCUUCUUUGUUCAGACUGUUGUGUUUGGAUCGAGAAACUGGAAAAUAAGCUGCAUCUCUUUAUGUAAAUUCUAAAAGAAUUAUUAAAAAAUUAAGCUGCUGCCAUGAAUUUAGGGUAUUUAAUUAAUGUAAAUACUGUAUCUUUGUACCAACAUUGUGAUCUUCUAUCAAACUGUCAAGCAGAAACUUGUUUUAAGUAGAGGUUUUUGUGAUGUUCAAAAUUGAUUAAAUAAACAAAUGUGCUUAAACCAUU